ACUGGAACGGGCUUCCUAGAAAGGUGGUUGGUGCCCUGAGCCUGUCGGCAUUUACCUUAACAACAUGCUUUAACUUUUGGUCAGACAUUGGACUAGAUGAUCAUUGUAGGUCCUUUCCAACUGAAAUAUUCUAUUUUAGUAUUUUACACUGGCUAUGCAGUGGAAUUCACCUGUGCUAAUGAUAUACAGCAGACCAUGAGGUAACAAAAGCUGUGCCUGUGAGAGCAUAUUUGCCUCAGCCACCACUACCCUUGCUCUGCAGGAGGUUAGGAGAAAGUCGUUUGAGGUAGCCCUUCCCUGCAUGCAGACUGUGCCUCUUGCAACUUAUCUGUGCUUACCAUUGCAGAUCAGGGUGAAGAGCUAGCGUCUGAGUCACAGCUCUGUCCACAUUCAUAAAGAUGCGUAGAGGUCAUCUUUGUUAUUAGGAAAUACUCAUAUAGGGUGUCUCACUGUCCAUCCAGAUGGGUCAUCAUGUAUGAACUUGCCCAUUUUACUGCAUAGCCACUGUAGCCUCAUCUGUGACAUUAACUUGUGUUUGUACAGUCAGUGCUUUGUUCCUCAGAAACCUGGAGCAGAUCAGGAGCAGUCAGGUUUUGUGUGGGGUUUCUGAAGUGACAAGAAUUAUUUCUGUGGAGCUUCCCUGCAUAAUUCACAGGAGGAAACAUUUGUCGAUAUUGUGUAUCACUUGAACAUCAAGCUCUGCAGAGACUUGAAGGUCACUUGUUUCAGUCAGGAGCUGCUGCACAAUAGCAAGAUCAAAGCCACUGGAAGCAAUCAGACCUCUUGAUGACAUCUGCUGAAAGUGUGCUACAAGCACAGAAGCUUUCGCUUCCUCACUGGGAGAGCCUGUAUGAAGACCUGUGUGGAUGGGGGUAUAAGAAACAGAAGGUGCACACAGCACAGAUGCCAGCCCUCUCCAAGGAGUAACCUCUUCAGCCCCGAGUGACACCAUCUCCCGCUAGUACCAUGGGGCCAGAGGGUGGUUUCUUAGGCAGUGGACAGGUCCACGUCAUCCUGUGGGGAAGUUUGGCAGCCAUGACAACACUCUUGUUCCUCACCUUCCUCAUCUUCCUCUGCUCCAGCUGCAACAGGGAAAAGAAGGCCAAACAUCAAAAUGGUGAUCAUGAAAAUCUGAUGAAUGUGCCUUCCGACAAGGAGGUGUUCAGCCACUCGAUUACAAGUUUGGCUACAGAGCCCCCUCCAAGCAGCGACCAGAACGGGGCACUCAGCAAUGGCGAGGUAGUCUCAGAGGACAGUACAACUGCCUGUAUCCAGCCUUAUGAAGAAGUACAGACAUCUGAUCUGCUAGAUCAACAGGAUAGUCUUGGAAAGUCUAUAAAAUGUCACCAGAGUCGUGAACUACCCAGUAUUCCCCCUAACAACACCAUGGAAACCAUAAUCUCAGCCAGAAAUGCAGAAAAUGAUCAAGGUCUUGGAAUGGAAGGGCCUUAUGAAGUCUUGAAAGACAGCUCCUCUCAGGAGAACAUAGUUGAAGACUGCUUGUAUGAAACUGUGAAGGAAAUCAAAGAUGUUGGAGCAGCAGCCGGCAUGGAAGGAAGCUGUAACAGCAAAUCAAAGGCUUUGCUGACAACCUCUGAAGGUCAGAAUCAGAUUCCUGAGUGCAGAAUUGAAUCAGCAGAAUAUGCGUCUGUUGACAGAAAUAAAAAAAGUCGCCAAAGUGCUAAUUCAGAGAGCCCUCUUGAGAACACACCAGAUGUAGAGGAUGAGCUUCCCCCUCCAGUACCCAUGAAACUUCUUGAUGAAAAUGAGAAUGUGCAAGAAAAAGAAGUGGAAGAAGAAGUGACAGAAGGAGCAAGUAGACCAGAGAAGAGGCUUAGUUCGAUGUCUUACAAGUCUCGAGAGGAAGAUCCAUCUCUUACAGAAGAUGAGAUCUCAGCCAUGUACUCAUCAGUGAGUAAGCCGGGACAGGCCAUCAAGGCACUGGAUUCUCCUUACACCUGUAUUCAAGAAAUUGCAUCUCAGAGGUCCCCGUCUAUUUGCAGUGGCCUUUAUGCAAGUGUGAAGGACUUUGAAAACACCGUAAAUACUACCACUGUGCCUCAGUCAGCGGACAGACCAAACGGGGAGCUGGAGCCUGACUAUGAAGCUAUCCAGUCAGUGAGCCAAGAAGACAGGACCUUGUCUGUGCCUAACACAAACCACACUGCUCUUUCAGGGGAGAACGACUAUGAGAGCAUAGGGGACUUGCAGCACCACAGGGAUUUCACCAGACUUUAACUACUCUAGCAUGCAGAUUUCUCCGCUGGCAUUUUCAGAGGAACACAUGGAGCAUGGAGAGGGGAAUGCUUCUCCUUUUGAGGAACAAGCUUAAGUAAAGAACAAAGGCUGUGAAGAAGAAGCAUGCAUUUCAGCCAGGGUGUGAUACCCACUAGGUUAUUCUGGGUGAUGGAUGGAGGCUCACAGGAAAGGGUGUGUCAGGUCAGAAUGACAACCAGGACAACGUAAAGGCUUCUUUAUUGUUAGCUCCAAGAAGACCAGAAUUUGGGAAGAAGUGCCAUGCUUGUUGUCCCAAUAGGAUUACAUACCAAAAAGACUGCCUUUACACAAAGCUAGCUUUUCAUUUUAAGAGACUUUUUUAUGUCAUUUGCGUCAAAGUGUUUUUCAAGCAUCAUUAUUCAUUCAAGUUUGGGCAUCCACAUCGUUGAGCAAAUCAUGGAUCAUUGUACCUCAACUCAGACUUACACAGGGCUGGGGAAGGCAUACUCACUUCUAUAUCUUUUGGGGAGCUCUGUCCACAUUCGCUGCAACUAAAGUGCAAACAGUACGUCACAAGGGACCUACUCCAGAUGUACUUGAAUUAAUUCUGUUGGCUUUUUCUUUUUUUUUUUAAUGUCAAGGGCUGUAGAAUGUGACUUGCAAUAUUUGAGAAGUGUACUGGUAUUUGUAGGGGUUUUGUCUGAUUAUCUGUGAAAAACCACUUCAAAAUUGCAAGUGACACCCUUAGCAUUCUUGCUCCAUUCCCAUCACUUGCACACACAUAUACCUACGCAUACACACAUCAGACAGUUGUCAUGUUGCAAGAAGUUGUGCUAAUGAAUGCAUUGGCAUAACGUUCAGUCUAACCUUAAUAGUGUUAAGUCAUUUUUUGAAGAUUUUUGCCCUUUUUUAAUACUUAAAAUAUUUUAAUAUGUUUGCCUGGUUUAUUAUAUAGGAAAAUUUAUGUACUGUGUUGAGUGGAUGAUGUUUUUUAUUUUCACAACAUAUUUUUCAUCUUCAGAGUUUUUGUAGAUUAACUUAUUGUUUUAUGUAACAGGAGGAAUCCCAUUCUUUCUUUGGGCUUUAUUUGGUUUUCCUUCAAAAAAAAUUCUUAUUUCAGAAGUAUGUAAACGAACAAUUGCCUUUUUUUUCUUCUUCUUCUUCUUCUUGGGCAGGGAUGUGGAACACGUCUUGCUGGUUUUAAGCUCAAAAAAACGGAGUCUGUUUAAGAGUACACUGCCAAAGGGCAAAAAAGAGGCAGAAGAGACAGUGGGAUUUAGUCUGGUAUAGCCGCUGGUCCUCCUUGUUCCUCUGCUAAAAGGAGCAGAAGGACAACCAAGAACUUCUUGGGGCUCUGACAAGCAAUGUGAAAGCCAGUAGCUUUUCAAAGAUACCAAGUUAUUCUGUUACUGUUAAAAAAAAAAAAAAAAGUACAGUGCUUGGAUGAAAUUAGUAGGUACUGGGUUGAUACUUAUGUUUUCUUCAAGAAUAGUAUAAUGAAUAGUAUGAUAGUACAAUAGUCCAACAGUAGAGAACUGGCAUUGUGUGAUGGGCAUUUGUACACUGCUAUGUGUACACAUGUGCAUAUAUCCCUAUGUAUAUAAGCAUACACCUGUAAUUUGUACCCAAGUAUAAAUUAUAGUCCAAACUUGGUAACAUUCAAAUACAUUCACAUAUGUAAUAUCUGGCAUGUGCUUGAAGAGUAGUUUAUUUUUAAUCCUAAAUAAACAGUACAUAAACUGAAGUUGGCUUAUUGCAUAGCAGCCAAAACAGGUUUAGUUUCAGCUCAGUUGGUACUGAGUUUUGAUAUGCCAGAGUGAGUUCUUCUCAGAUCACUGGCCAGCGCUCAACGUUACUUGGUACUGUAAAGAAAAAACACAGAUCUGGUUACACACAAUUAUUAGAAAUAACUUCAUAACUGAAAGAAAUGUACAGAUUUAUGGAGCUUUGCCUGUAAGUAGUGUGGCUCUGAGGAGCAGUGCAAGUGUGCAGUCAAACUGCCUGCAGGGUGAUUCAAACUUCAUGGAUCGUGAUUUCAUGCAACAGCGCAGCACGUUUGAUAUAUAACUCUGUUCCUUUGAGGAGAAGCAAUUCAGACCAGUCUACAUCCAUCUUGUUCUUGACCAUGCUGCCAUGCUUCCACAGCUGCAGCAAACCCUUUGCUUCCAUUUCAUUGCAGUGCUUUCUAUAGCUGAUGUCAGUCUUCCUUUCUGGAGUUUUUCUCUCAAAAAAAGUUUCUGUUUCUGUUCCCUUGAAUGUGAAUUCGUGAAGUUCACCUUUGACUGUUCUCUCCUUCUACUUCACACUGCUCAAGGCCAAAGAUAAGAUGCAGCAUGUUUCAGAAGUACUGUUGUGCUAAGUCCGGAGAAUUUCUGAAGUAUUUAAACAUGUCUCUGCUGUCUGUUCCUUGCUCAGGGGUACAGGUUUAUAUAUGUAGACCUUAGUCUGACUCCUGCAACUUAAUGGCAGGCAUACCUCAACUCCUGAAAUUCCCAGAUACAUCUCAAGCUGUAGUUAUCCCUUAAGGAUUGUCUUACUCAUUACAUGGAUGACUGCUUUUGGAGAAACAGUAGCAACAUGAGGUUUGUCAGGUUCACUGGAUUCAAUUUCAAGACCAGUUUAAAGAUACGAGUUAAUGCCAGUUAACGAUAACAAAAAAAAAAUAAUACUAAACUCUUGACUGUGAAAUUUUAAAGUGCAUAAGAAGAAAAUCAGACAUCACUCUAGAAGUGCCCCAAUGAAGAUCAGCAAGUCAAAGGAAGGAGGAGAGCUGCCUAGUCACUCAUCGUGGUCUUUCAGAGCAGGAUCAAGAAUGUUGGUUUGGAGGAAGGGACACGAGAGUCAGCUCCUUUCUUCCUUCCUUUCCCCCAUUCUAACAGCUGCUCCUUGAGACCCCCAGACUUUUCUUUUCCACAGUGAAAUCCCCUCUCUUUUUUCUUUUGCUUCUAUUUUUAACCUGCCUCAUACCACCUUGCACUGGGAGCUGGUACUAUGCAGUCCUGCGGCACUGGCACAGUCCUUCCCAUUUAAAUGACUCUCAGGCUGGUCACAACCUUUUUUGUCAUCCACCAGACCUUCAGCCUGGUAGGGAAAGAGCUCAGAUUUUGGAUUGCUCCUUGCAGGAUGUGUACCUGCCCUCAGCCAUUGAGACUCCUGCACAUUGGAUUCUUGAGCGCUGCAAAAAGGAGUUGCCCUCCUGAACAAUUCUUAAGUGAAUAAUUACAUCUCUUGACAAAGAAUUGAGCUUCUGUUCUAGUUUGUGCUUCCCAGAAGUAAGAUGUGCUCCUUUAUGGCUGUUCUUCCUUUUCAUUAAUAUAUUGGAUAGAAAGAUUUUUCCAACAAUAAUCCCCAAAUAGAUUAAUCCGAGUGUGAAGAAAAAGGAGUUGCUUCUGCUUGUCUCUUCGUUGCUAUUUUUUUCCUCUUUCUUUCUUUUCCAUAUCCCUAAAUGAAAUGUCAACAUCCAAAAUGAAGUAGUUGUUAGCUGGUGAUCUUUUCUGGGGAAGCUUCACGGUCUAUUUCUUUGCCUCCAUUUUUUGGCACAACUAUAAAUUGCCACAGUAAGGCCAAGACAAGCUCUAAUGUGUGUAUAACUGCACUAGUGAAAAGGUCUUUUCCGAUUUCCUUCUGGGAACCAGUAGAAAUAGGAAAUGCAGUUGGACAUCUCUUCCAUGAAUCUGUGUCUCCUGUGAGAGUUGUUCUCACCACAUACCUAACCCAGUGCUAACCCCAUAUGUAAACCAGUCACCUCUUUCUACCAUGAUGAGUGCAAAACUGCUUUCUCAGUCACAGAGAGAAAUAGAUUCUUUACAGAUAGCUGUAGCACAGGCGUGUACCUAAUUACCAUGGUUAGAUCAGUUAUAGUGCCUUUUUUACUAAGUAGCUAGUACUUCCAUACUCUUUUUCCAUACUGUGUUUAACUCGAAAGUAUAAAGGGACAACCCCAGCACACACUUGUCUUAAGUUAGACACACCUUUAUAGAGACCCAUUAAAUGUAUUGGACCUCAAUUAGCACUACAAUAGCAAUAGUGUCUCACAAACAUCCUCUACAAAGCCCAGUAAUGUAGCUAUGAUGACUAAGCUUUGCAAUAAGAAUUAUCUAUCAGUCUUCUUUUGAAGGACCUAAGUUUUUUCAACAGUGAGCGUUCAGGGAGAUGGUGGUCUUUGUCCAUGUCAACUGUGAACAAUUAGUUGCUUCAGUCUUUCUAUUAAUAUCAGUUGCAGGCUUGCUUACAUGUAGCAGGAUUCAUGGGGUGAGGGAUGAGUAGGUGUGGGGAUUCAUAUUCAUGAGUCACCCAGAGCUGGAGCAUCCCCACUGUAGCAACUGGCUGAGGAUCAGCUGCCUUGUCCUUUAAGCCCUCCUCUACCGUGCCUUCAGGGAAUCCAUCCUGCAGGGAUUCUGCUGGGCUGCGCGCUUCUCCGUGGCUCCCUGAACAGCUCCUGUCCACUGUAUAUGCGGUGCUCUCUGUUCAACCUUUCAAUGGUGCUUUUAUAAGAUGCUGGAUAAAUGGUGUCAAUGUGCUUUCUGAAAGCUGAUGUGUAAAGCUGUGACACAGAGUGCUCUCUCUAGUAUUGUCUCCUUCCAAGAACUUAGCGGUAACUGUGUUACUCUGACGACAGAAGGCUGACAGGGCUGCCCUGUCUCUUGUUCAUCCCACGCACAACCAGAAUGGAGUCACCACACGCAACGAGCCUAGGCUGGGCCACAGCUGUUUAAGGAGCCAUUCAGGCCAAGUGCCUUGGCUUGAAAGUUGUUAGAGAAACGACUUUCAUCUGUGCGGUGUGGGAUUGGAAACCUCACAGAGCUGGGCUUAAGGACUUUUCUCUGUCUCCUAUUGUGCAUAUGCGUUUGUUUGCAAUAUGACUGUAAGAAAUCUGUUUCUGCAACAAACAUUUUAAUUUGGGCCACACUCCAAUAAGGGACUGCUGUUAGGCAAACUACCAGUUAUUUUAGAUGAGUGUUAUUUAUUUAGGUUGGAACAUGCCUGAUUAAGGCUGUUACAUGCCUCACAAGCAACUUGGUGUGUGGUCUACUGCAAAACGGUAGAAUGCAGAAAGAUGCUCAGCCUGACAGAUGCCUCUGUGGUGCUGUGCUGAAGAUUUUCAAGGGCAGGUUUCUUCCUGGGAUCAGGGAGCAUAAUUGCUGUUAAUAUGAUUUCAUACCCUGGUGCUGAAGUUGAUUGGUAGGAUCUCUUUUGGGAUGGUCAUGGCUGACGACGUUGCUAGAGCAGAUCACGGAGUGGGGGUGGGGAAUAAAAAAAAAGUAUUUUUAUAUCCCUUGCUAGCUAGCAAUGUAUGUUUAGGAUUAUGCUAAAGGUAAAUGCUAUGGAUGGAACAUCACAGAGAUAAAAACACAGGGUUCCCUUUCUUUAAGGAGAGAUAAACCCCUUUGGUCGGCUCAGUAUGAAAGAACCCAGGCUUACAAAAGUUAUUAAACAACAAAAGUAUUAAACAAAUUAAUUGUCUAUGUGAUAAUUUUCCAGCGGUGCCUGAGGGUAUCACAUACACUAGACACUGUUCUUUUCCUGUGGACAACAGAAACAUGAAAGCUUACUUGUAAUACAAGAUUCCUAUUGAUUAAUUGAUAAAACUUACUUUACAUGUGAGCCAAAGGUCAGCAAGAGUGUCUACACAAUGUAGAUAUAUUUAAGCCAAGGCUAAAUGAUUCAGCUCAGGUGUUGUAAGUAAAAUCACCAGAACAAUGUAGUAACCCUACUUGGUCUGACUUGCUGACAUAGCUAACUCCAGCAGCCCAGUUUCCAUAGUAAAUGCAUUAAUUGUCUUUGUGUUACAUACCCAUUGGCCUGUGCUCAGUCUAUAGAUAAUAUAAAACUUACAGUUCUGUUUUUUGAAGUUGUGAGGCUUUGUUUCUGGAGGUUUUCAGUUUCAAACUGGUGAGAAGGACACUCGCUACAAAUAUGAUAGCAAAGUGCCUAAAAAUAAAGAUGUUUCUGUAAAGGUAAAGAUGCUCACCAUCACUGCACAGCAACUUGUCUACUGUAUGUGGUACUGUCUUGCCAUACACAUUCCUAAAUAUUGGCUUUCAUUUGUGAUAUUCAUUUAUUAUUAUAAGAGCACAGUCUGACAAGGUUUGUCUGCAGAUUCGUUGUCUAAUUUUAACUAGCUUAUGUUUAUUACAGAAAAUGCAAAAUGAGAUUCUUUGUUCAGUUUAGAAGGCAGCUAUGUUAUUUCUUAUCGUUUAUGAUAAUGCAACAGUCUGUUUAGAUGAUUUACAAAGUAUGUAUGUAUCACUUGACUUCAACAUGCUUCAUUUGAGAUUCAGAAUGCCUCCUGUUCACUACAAGACAAUGUUACCAACUCUUGGUAUUUUAAUCUUGUAAUACUGGGGAGGGGGGUUAAACCUUAUGAAUCUUAUUAAGAAAGCAAAAACCAAAAUGACAGUGCUGAUUUUUUGACUUCCUAAUGUCUACAAAGAGACUCUUACAUUUUAACUUUCAGAACAGGUUGGAUUUGGACUACCCUGUUAUUUAUGGAACUGCUCCUCCCUGCCAGGUUCAGCCAUCACCAUGACUAUCUCUUUUGUCCUUGAUGAAAUAUGCAAACUGUUCAGAGGGCACAGAAACUACAUCCCAUAACACUUCUCAAUUGAACAUUUUUAAGGUGCCUGUGAGAUUUAGGAGCUUGGACUCAAGUCAGAUGUUUUGGGGAAAUGACAUCCUGUCUUGCAGACUUCUUUGAAGGUCUUCACUUUCAAGGCAAGAAGUUCUAUAGCUUGCAAGCACUCAUCUGAUAUGGAAAGAUGUAUGUACAAAAGAGGUGAACUAGUACAAUGGUUAAAUGUAUUAGUAAGAAAACACCUAACACCUCAAGAACCUUCCUUCUCACGUGUCUGAGGAUACUGGAAUUUGGUCUUUGUCUCUGAGGCUAUUUGAGAAUGGUCACAUAACCAGUCUCCUCAGAACAUCAUAUCAGCAGACAAGUCUUUGAAUGAGCAUCUGGAUCACUCUGGUGGCUCCUAAGUUUCCACAUGUACCACCUGCACGAUUUCCAGCAGGGCCUGUCUCUACUUUGUGGUGAUGUCUACUUAGGAAUGACCCUUUUCUUCCCAGUCUUGACCCCUUUAACUUAAGAAAGGGGGAUAUGAGCUGCUUCUCUUCGGUCUGACUAGUCUUUCUAGAUGAAAGUGUGCUAAGAAAGAGCCCUCCUGCAAGUCCAGAAAAAGAGCAUUUACUGUCGGGGCAAGACGGUAUAGCCUACUGCAGCAGUUAGGGAAAAAAGGUAAAAGGAACAAUAGCUAAGCACUUCACCCAUGUCACAGACUACCUGUUUAGAAAGAAUUUUACAGUAGAAGAGGUUACCGUUAAAAGACAGUUUGCUGAUAAUCUCACAAGAGAUGGAUGGAAUUGUUUAUUCUUCUCAGUCCUGCCCAAAGAGGCAGAGGGAAGUCCUCUCUGCCCCACCAUGAUGCAGUUUGCCAAUCUUUUAUCAAGCCUCCAUAUCAACAGAAAUGAAAUGAAUAAUUAAUUUCUGAAUACAUGGGUUUGUUCUAUCAUAAACCCAAAAUGCACAGAGGUAGAUGCACUAAUGUAAGUACCAUGUGCAGAUCUGGACUUGCACAGAUGUUUUUUUGCAAAAAAAACCUACCACGCAAAACCCAAAAAACAACCCCUAACUGGAUUACUUUAUUUAAAUAGAAUUAUUUGCAUGAGACAAGGGUGCAGGAUUUGACCCUAAGACAGAGUUUAGAAGUUUGGUUUGGUGCUAGGUAUUUUUGUUUGUAUUUUCAGUGAAAUAUAUUUUCCUUCUUUUGUGUUAGCAAAUUGCUGUUACUUUCAUAGGAGCAACAAAAAAAGUCUGGUAUAUGGAUAAUUAUCUUUAAUAGCUAAUAUUAAAAUCAUGCCUCAGUAGGAGUCACUUUAAAUUGGGUGCUAUAGGAGCUUCAGCAUAAAAUACAUGGAACAUUGAAUACUUAGAACAUAGUGGAUAAAUAUUUGUCAUGACAGACAUUUUCAUUUAUUUUAUCAUUUUUUUUAUAAUGGAAAAAAAUAUUUAUUAUUGGAAUGGUUUUCCGUCAAUGUUCACUUACAUAAGGUUCUAGCAAGAAACUAUUUUCUGGACAACAGUUGAUUCUCUGCUUACUGAUGCACAAUUGCAAAACGUCCUCAACCCAGUAUGAGCUUCUGAAAAGAGAGGAUUAGAACUGUCUCUGGCUAUCUUAGUGUGGAUACAGUUAAAUAUACUGUGUAGUUCAGAUCUGUAGGCAGUGAGGGCAGUUUGAAGAAAUGACUGUACUAUAUAAACCUGGAGUCGGUGCAUGCAGACUUCUGAGAUGGCACUAGCUGAGGCUUGUUUGCUACAUGAUGGGUUAUUUGGCUUGCUACCUGUUUGAAAUCAAUAUAGUUUUAUUAAUAUCACUGCGGACACUGAAAUACUGUAGUUUUGCAGAUUGUAUGUUCCAUAAAUUGUAGCUUGACUAUAAUUGCAGGGCUUAUCCUACCGUUAGAGCAGUUCAGAUCCAACACUAAGUUGCAUUAUGUAAAUUGAAAAAUGCCAUGAAAUUCCUCUCAACAUUUUGUAGUAGUAUACACGAGCUGAUGUAAUUUAGGCAUAUCAUUGUUCUGAGAAUCUCAUCUGAUGUUUCUAGCCAAUUCAGCUUUUGGCUGCUGAAAGCACAGUAGGUAAUUAUGGUUAUUUACUGUAAAUGUAGACAAGUCUUAUGUAAAUAUUUCAGGGGGGAAAAUGCUACAUAAACAUAUGAGGCAGUUAUCUAAAACUAAGAACAUAGGUCAAUAAUAUAAAACACAGGUUUUAUUUAUGUACAGUAGUAUCCCAAUAUUUACUUGUUUAUAUGCGGGAAAAUAUCUUAAGAUUCCGUACUGUAUUCUCUGAAAGCUUUUAAAAAAGGCUCUGCCAUUUUCUCUGGCUAAUAUAUUUGCAAAUAACUUUUGAAUUCAUUGGAAAUCCAAGUAAGUGAUGUCAAAUGGGAAACAUGUUACACUGCAAUGAAAUUAAUUAAUUCAAAAAUCCUGGCAAAAUUCAUUGGAUUGAAAUCUAUAUAUGAAUUCGAUAUCCAGACAGAAUAAAACACAAUAAAUAAG